CUCUCUCCCUCCCUCUCUCUGGAGUUAGUUGGUGGGUUGCAGCAGUGUCUCAGUGUCUAUCCUGGCUCUCCUGACUGACGGACAGAGGCAGUCCUCCUCUCUGCCUGUCUGCCUCUCUGCCUCACCGCCUGUCUGUCUGUCUGGCAGUGUGUCUGCCUCUGCGUGUAUCUGUCUCUCGUCUCAGAUGGAGAACGGAGCUCGGUAAUGGAGACUGUCGUGGACCGGGUCUGUCGCUUCCUCCCGCCACCGGAGACCCGCCAACUCGCCGGACACAUGAUGCGUUAAAGGACGAUACAUCGUUUACCUCUUCCCCACGGAGAUCCCACAGUGACGCUCGUUGGUGUCUUUUUCUUCACCUCCUCUUCCUUCCUUCCUCGUCCUCCUCUUCCUCGUCUGCUCGGGGAAGUUACGCACCAAACACGGAUAAAUCCUCCAAGUCUCCUGUUUCCAAGCGGCGCGCUCCGCCGGAGGAUUUCUUCCUCUUGGAGCCUGGUUCUUCUCUGACGUCAGCGACAGACCCUCCAGUCCCAACAAUCAGGAAACCUCGUCCCGCUGUGAUCGAGCCUUCGGAGAAAUGAGCUGCCAAUGAGUAACGCUCAAGCUCAUCAGUCAACUCUUCUUGGCCUGGGGGUCUUCUAGAGGGUCGGGCCUCCUCACCACCAUGAAAGGGUUGGGAACCAACCGUAACAGACACCUGUCUGAAUCCCGUGAUCCCUCCUCAGGCCACCCAGAGGCCCUCUACCCUCACAAGACGAGCACCCUGCCACGCAGCCCUUACCUGCUGAGCCCCUCAAUGGACCACUAUGGCACCAUGGACCCCCACCUCUACCCUUCAGCCAACCCAGACUCUUAUCCACAAGACUGCAUGCUGCCCCUCAACAACCAGCUGUCAAACAGCAGUACCUUCCCCAGGAUUCAUUACAACUCCUACGACCAGUCAGACUUCUCCCCACCUGGGGACUGUAUUGGGGGGAUAAGUACAGGGACCAUGGGGCCAUCCAUGUCUAUGGGCAUGGGAACAAGCAUGGGCAUGGCAGGGUUGAGUGGACGAACACCUAUGAUAACGAGUGGCUCAGCAACUAUAUCACAUCAUAUGACCAAGAGCCAGGCACCCCCCAGUCUGCUGGAGUUUGACAAGCAGCUAUCUGCAGGGCAUGAUGGAUUCAGCACAUUGCAGUUCCAUCGGUCGUCUGCUGUUGCUGCUGCAAAGCAGCGCACAGACAGUCCUGGUCGCAUUCGUUACAUGCUGCACUCAGUGCAGAAGCUCUUUGCAAAGUCCCAGUCACUGGAAAGCCAGAACAUGAAAGGAAAUAUCAAUGGACGCUCCACCGGCAGCGGUGGAGGCUCGUCAAGCACUGAGGACGGAGGGAAACAGAGUCGCAGAUCCAAAAGUAAAGAUCGGGGUACAAAAUCAGAGGCGACUGCCAAGAGACGGCCACGCUCCAACAUGUCGGGUUACUGGAGCUCAGAUGAUUUGGACAGCAGUGAUCUGAGCAGCUACCACAACACCAUGGCCAUGAUGACUCUAGGGCGUCCAAGUGGCCACGAGAGCCAGAGCAGGUACAUCCACAGCGGCUACAACACCAUCAGCUCCUCCAAAAGCAGCAAUGAGAUGAAGUAUCAGGGACCUCCUGGGCCUGGGGGUGGAGGAGGUGGAGGACAAGGUAGAACAGGUGCUAUGGUGAUAAAUGACAAUGACUAUAUGAAAGGAGGGACCUGGUCCACGUUGAACAUGGGCCAGCCGAGGCCGGUGAUCCAGAAGGGCUCAGCUACUCUGGACAGGUCCAUGCUCAAGUCCAAAUCCUGCCAACAAGAACUAACCUGCAACUACCUACAGGUUGGACGAAGGGGUGAUUGGAGCACAUUAGGCCACAGCGGGGGUGCCAAUGAAAUCCCAUGUCGGCGGAUGCGCAGUGGCAGCUACGUAAAGGCCAUGGGAGACAUCGAAGACAGCGAUGACUCGGAGGGAAGCCCGAAACCCUCUCCGAAAUCUGCUGCUCGCCGCCAGAGCUACCUCAGGGCUACGCAGCAGUCUCUGAGCGACCAGCUGCCCCCACGCAACAGAACCCUGGAUUACGCCUUGUUGCAGGGGGAGCUGGACGCCCUGUGGUCUCCGCUCCACAGUGUGUCCUCUCUGCACCAGCUGGGCAGGUCAAUGAGCAGCUGUCUUCCAUCUCUCCAAGAGCUCUCCAAUAACCGCAGCCUUGACAACCUUGACUGCAUCGAGGGUACAGGCUUGUCUCUGCCACACUGGGACGAUGAUGAAUUAAGCCAGGCCUGCAGCACCUUGGGCCGGCGCAGCUGCAUGGGACAGCUACGGGACCUGGACAUGAGAAGUAAUUAUGAGGACCGCAGCUCCGACUCCACAUACAGAGAUUCCCGCUCCCAUUCUCAGGACAACCCAGAGCCUCCAGACCUGCCCAUGCCCACAUGCUUCCGAUCUCGCAGCCACAGCUACCUGAGAGCCAUCCAGGCCGGCUGUUCCCAAGACGACGACACGGCUUCCAUAGACUCGAGCUGCUCACACCCUCCGAUUGACACCACUGUCCGCACCUACAGCACCAGCACCGACGACCUUUCCACCCAAUGGAAGACGUGGAAAGAGCAGUUUGGCUCUUACCUGAUAGCAACAGGCUUGGACAAAGCCCCAAAGGAGAAACAACUUGCACUUUUUCUGCAGCGUUUCGGGACAGACAGACCACGCAUCCGACCCUCACACACAGUCUCCACCUGCAUAACCACCUGUAAGAAGAUUGCUCCUCCACCAGUGCCACCCCGUACAACGUCUAAGCCCUACAUCUCUGUGACAGUGCAGAGCAGCACGGAGUCAGCCCAGGACAACUACCUGGAUCAGCAAGACCGGAGGUCAGAGGUCAACAGCCAGUCGAGCCACGCUCACAGCAACUCCUCCGACAGCCUUGAUAGCACCCGUGCCAACAGCCUGGCCCGCGGUAUUCGCCGCCCCCCGCACAUCAUCCCCACUCCUAUUGCCAUCCCGAGAGACCCAAUUGCCCCCAGCCACGCCAAUGCUUCCACGGAGACGAGUGACUCAGUAGUCCAGAUCGAAUCCCUGAAAUCAGGACUAAAUAAAGGGAAUCUAGUGGCAGAGGAGCCCUUAUUGGCCCCAGUACCCAGACGGAAACUCUCCUCCAUUGGCAUACAGGUUGACUGUAUCCAGGAAGUUCCACGAGAGGAGACCCCGCCACUGGCCAAGUUUCAGUCAAUCGGAGUACAGGUGGAGGACGGGUGGCAGAACAGUCGCUCCAGUAGCAUGGCCUCAAAACAAGAAAUAGACUCAGGCACACAGGACAUUCUUAUUUCCCACGUCAAUAAUACCAAACCCUUUGAAAAUAAAAUCAUGGUCAGUAGUGCCAGCCAAUCCAUGAGCCCCCCUCCUAGACAGGACUCUUUAGACAACGGGGACACCACAGGUGACAUCUCCUCACCGCCUCCGCCCAGGCAGAUCCUCAAACGCUCCACCACACGAAGUAGCUCAUCCUCCUUCUCAGAAAGUUUGGACCCAGCACUCGACCCCUCGUCUCUACCGCCCCCGGACCCCUGGUUGGAGAGCGGGAACGGCAGUAACAGCAGCGUGCCCCCGAGCGGCGGAGGGGGGACGCUGUGUCGGAGAGACGGCCACUGGUUCCUCAAGCUGCUGCAGGCCGAGACGGGACGCAUGGAAGGCUGGUGCCAGCAGAUGGAGCAGGAGACCAAAGACAACCAGCUCUCCGAGGAGGUGCUGGGAAAAGUCCGCAGUGCAGUGGGAAGCGCCCAGCUCCUAAUAUCCCAGAAGUUCCAGCAGUUCCGGGGCCUGUGUGAACAAAACGUGAUUGUGAAUGCCAAUCCACGACCCACAGCCCAAGACCUGGCUGGUUUCUGGGACCUGCUGCAGCUCUCCAUCGAGGACAUCAGCCUCAAGUUUGACGAGCUCUACCACCUCAAGUCCAAUGACUGGCAGCCCGUGCCGUCGGCAGCCGCCCAGUCGCCCCCUGAGCGGAAGGACGAAGAGAAGGUGGCCUCUCCGGCUUCAAAGAAGCCUGGUAAGGGACGCCCCUCGCUGGGCCGCGAGAAGAGCGCAGACAGCUCGUCCACCUCUUCCUCGGCCUCGGCGGAGAAGCAGAGGCAGGAGGCUCGCAAGCGGCUGCUGGCUGCAAAGAAGGCGGCGUCGUUUCGGCAGAACUCGGCCACGGAGAGCUCGGACAGCAUCGAAAUCUACGUCCCCGAGGCCCAGACUCGCCUCUGAGAAGAGACAGUGACACACGGGGAAGGAUGUGGGGGUGGGGGGUCUGUUCAGAGAGCUGGAUAAGUAACGCUGAAAUACCUGCAGAAAGUAGAGGAGGACUUCUGCGAUGCAAAUGAGCUAC